ACCACAAAUCAAAAACCCUGUCGUAGUCGUAAUCAGAGAAAGUGAAAUCCAUCGCAAUGAAGCUUCUUCUCAGCGUCUUCCUCUUCAUCGCUUGAGAACCAAUCUCGUUACCUCCUUGGAAAUAAUGGCGGCGGCGGCUGCCCUGGCUUCUCCCUCCCUCAUCCCCUCCUCACUAUUCUUCUCCGCCGAUGCUCCACCCUCCCUCUCUUCUUCUGCUAGUUUGUCAGUAGGGCUCAGGUAUCACAAGAGAUUCUUAUCCGUUUCAUCAUCAUCAUGUUGGGCUAAUCGAAAUCGAGUGCGGGGAUUAUCUCCUCGCCGUCGUAGUUCAGUAGUGGUGUUUGCUGCUGCUUCCGGUUCGGGAGACUACUACGCUACUCUGGGUGUGCCUAAAUCUGCCAACAUCAAGGAGAUUAAGUCUGCCUAUCGCCGCCUCGCCCGUCAGUAUCAUCCGGAUGUCAACAAGGAACCUGGAGCAACCGACAAGUUCAAGCAAAUCAGUGCUGCCUAUGAGGUACUAUCAGAUGAUCAAAAGAGAGCCCUGUAUGAUCAAUAUGGUGAAGCCGGCCUCAAGACUGGACCUUCUUCUUCUGCUUCUUACACGACUAAUCCCUUUGACCUUUUCGAGACAUUCUUUGGUGCCAGUAUGGGCGGUUUUCCCGGCAUCGACCAACCUGACUUUGGAGGAACUACUACUCGCCGCUCCAGGGUCUCCAAAGGUGAUGAUUUACGGUAUGACAUCACCUUACAACUGUCGGAGGCUAUUUUUGGAUCUGAGAAAGAAUUUGAUCUUACGCAUCUGGAGACAUGCGAAGCUUGUGCUGGCACCGGUGCUAAACCAGGAUCUAAGAUGAGAAUAUGCUCCACUUGUGGUGGCCGGGGUCAAGUUAUGAGAACUGAGCAAACACCUUUCGGCUUGUUUUCACAGGUUUCUGUAUGUCCAAACUGUGGUGGAGAUGGUGAGAUCAUUUCGGAAAAUUGCCGGAAAUGCUCUGGAGAAGGACGUGUGCGUAUUAAAAAAAGCAUCAAGGUCAAAAUUCCUCCAGGUGUUAGCGCAGGUAGCAUCCUCAGAGUUGCCGGGGAAGGUGAUUCUGGUCCCAGAGGUGGACCUCCAGGAGAUUUGUAUGUAUAUCUUGAUGUUGAAGAUGUCCGUGGAAUUCAAAGGGAUGGCAUAAACCUUUUAUCUACUCUUUCCAUCACUUACCUUGAUGCUAUACUGGGUGCGGUUGUUAAGGUGAAAACAGUAGAAGGAGACACUGAACUGCAGAUACCUCCGGGUACUCAACCUGGUGAUGUGCUGGUCCUGGCAAAGAAAGGAGCACCAAAACUGAAUAGACCAUCUAUCCGCGGUGACCACUUGUUUACAGUCAAAGUUACUAUACCAAAUCAAAUAAGUGCUGGAGAGCGGGAGUUGCUGGAGGAACUUGCUUCUCUAAGUGAUACGUCUGGCAACCGGCUGCGAACUCGUGCUAAGACUCAGCAAUCCACUACUCUAAACAGUGCACCUAUUAGCUCAGAAAACAGGACGGAUGAAGUUAGGGAGAAAAGCCAAGAACCAGAGCAAGAAAACGACUUGUGGAAGAACAUCAAAGAUUUUGCAGGAUCGGUCGCAAAUGGAGCCAUGAAAUGGCUGAGAGAUAACCUCUAGAGAUCCAUGUUCAACUAACAUGACCUGCUUUAAAAGGUAUUCUCGGCUGCACCCAUGGUACCAAUGUGGAAGGAAAUGUUAAUUGUUUCAUUUGUUGAUGUGAGGGUCUUUUGCAGAAAGCUCUUUAUUCCUUUUCAGUUUGGUGGAUGUUAUUUGCCAAGUCAUAAUGAUUUGAUGCGUGAAAAGAGAGCGAUUCUGCUCUAACUGCCCCAAUUCCUUUUAUUAGUACAAAUACAACCGGUGUUUCGAGUUAGUUUUGUGUUUUUGGUAAAAAAGAAAAAAAUCAGAGAACUGUAAUAGAUAAUUAUUGGUUUUUGAUGGAGUCAGAGUGAUUGAACUGAA